AUGGCCGAUCUGCGCAACGAAUACUCGACGGCACGAUCCGAAGGAGACGAGCGCAAGGCGGCCCGACUCAAAAAUGUACGGAAAGUUUGACCGAUGUUCGACGAGAAUCAAACGAAGUUGACGGGCUUUCCGUUGUUUAUUCAAAAAAUUUCACAAAAAUCCGACUUUCAGACGAUUCAAAAGAUGGAAACUCGCGAAAAGACGCGUGCGGAGAAGCGUCGGCAGGCGGAAACUCGCAAAGAAUUGCACGACGACAAUAUCGAGAGAAUGUUGCGCGGAGAGGCGCCCAUUUUCAGAACCAAAGGUACGGUUUGAAGUGAACAAUUUUUGUGUAUCAAUUAUUUACACCAUAGGAUAGAGCGUCCAAAGUUACACCGAAACGACUGUUGUGGUAGUAGUCAGAAAUCACUUUUAGGGCCUGGGGGAUAAUUUCGGUCAACUUUCCAGUUGACCUCUUUUUGAAUUGAUGACUGGCUCUUGAGAUACAGGCCACCAAAGAUGGACUGAUUAUUAACAUGUUUUUAGCGUUACAUUUCCCUUUCAGACAAAAAUGUCAAUUAUUGCAGCGCAAGUCCGUCGCAUCGACGCCGAAAAGAAGUACGAGGAGCUGAAAAAGGACAACAAAUUGGACAAGUAUCUGCAGAGAAAAGCGAAAAAAGAGUCGGCGAAGGAGAAGAAGUCGCGGCCGUUCGAGGGAUACGGUUAUCAGUAG